AUGGAGCCCGUUUUCGUUUCGAGAGAGAAAGAUUUCGGCAUCGAAAUAAAAAGUAAGAAUGGGGUAGUGCAUUACGUGGAAAAAGCUACAUUUUCAAUAGAAUUGUUGAAACAUGUUGAUGCAGGUCAAGACAGUGGAUUUCUAUGCAAGAUCUAUUGUUCUUUGAGGGAACAGCAAAGGUACGACAUUGAUUUUUGAAGUUGAAUAUACAUUCAUAUCCUAAUAAUGUAUUUAAUAGUAUGUUCACAAAUUACUCAUAUUGUUAAAUAUGAGUAAAAAUAUCCAUAAACAGAUGGAUUUACAUUUGGCGCCAAUUUUUUACAUGGCGCCAUUUUGGUUGAUCAUCGAAAUGAUGUCUUUAAUUGAACUGGGUUUUUGGUGUCCCUGCCUACUUUUUUGAUUGUAUACGAAAUGCUGAAUUCUGCCAUCGUACGACAUCAUGUUAAAUCCACAUAACCCACAUAGUUUUUGUCAUGAAAGUUUAGCCUUUGUCCCACUAAAUUUUUUUACAUGUUACGUGUCGCCAUUUUAGUUCAUUGGCAGGCUAAAUUCUGAUAUCUAUUUUAAUGCCUUCUGCUAUAUCCCUACCCAGCUUUCCGACUGUUAAAAACUGAAUUAUACUAUAGCGUAUUACAUUCGCAUAGUUGAUGCAUCAUGUCAUGUAAGUAUAGACAUUGCCGGUGUCAAUGUGUAUUAGUAAUUUGUCAUUUGUAUAUAUACCUUCCCUUACAAGCAUGCGUAUCAGUAUAACCUCGGGACGUAUGCUAAUGUGUCUGUCUGUGGCCUUUUCCGGCUUUAAAACUAAACAUAAAACCACUGUUAAUUUUAUAGUUCCAUAAUUUCAGUCUUUUCAUCCAUGGCUGAAGUUUUAGCUGUGGGUACUGAGGAAUGGUUACGAAUCGGGAAACAAAUAGCACCCACAAUUUCGGUCUAUUAAACAUCUCGGUCUAUUAAACAGAUUUAACACAAUUUAUACAUAUACUGAUAUAAAUUAUAUUAAUUUACUAAAUGUUUCAGUUAAUGUUGCAGACUAAUUUUGUUUCUCAUGCGAUAAAUUUCAGUACUUUAUACUGGUUUUCAAUGCAGAAGAAUAAAAUAUGAUACCGUACUGCGAAUACAUUAAUUCAAUCUAGGCAACGCACCCAGCUACAAUCCUGCAUGGUAACGAAUCAAAAUUAUUGCAUGUGAAAGAGCACAGUAAUCUUUACGAUAUCCGACAUAAAAACCAACAUUGUGCGGUACCAGGGGGGGGAGGUUAAAUUGUGUAAAUUAGAUGUUUAUAUUUAUAUGAACUGUGUCCUUGCAGCUUGGUAUUAUAGUCACCAAGUGUCCUAAUAGAACUUUUGCCAGAUUUGUAGCAUCGGCUUAUAGCUGUAGUUUCAUAUUCCUUUUUCCCCUUCAUUAUUUUGUCCAUGCAAAAAUUAACGCGUAACCAUGUUCACAAUGCUGCUCGGUAACUGAUCUGUUUAUUCAAUCAAUCGAACCAUUCGUAGCCUCUAGACAUUUUUACUUGGACACAAUAUGAACGUGAACAUUAAUCAUUAUCAUUUAUAUAUUGUCAGUGACAUAUUUUACUGUUUCCAUUUAUCAGCGGAAGCACUUUGAAUAUUCCAUAUAUUUGCAAACUUCAUUUCUUUUGCUUUAAUAAAACUGGCAAAACGACCGAAAACCUACAAUGUUCUGUUUUCCUUUUAAAUAAUACACACUAUAUCUUCGACAUUUUAAGUCAGUUAAUUGUCAUUAGCCACGCCAGAGUUUGCGCUUUCGGUUAACCUUGCAUUUUGGCACACGGUAACUCUUUGCCUUUCAAUUUGUCGUUUUGAUUUAACAACUGAUUGUCUUGCCACACAUGUACAGCUAAAUGAUUGCAUUAUUAUCACACCAGUACUUAGUAAAGUCUUGUAAAUAUAUUUGCGUUCACUAUACGCACAGCGUAAAUUUCCAAGGCCAUAACCAUGCAUGACAGAUUUAUCCCAUCCCGAUGUGCAGCUAUUGCGAUAAAUGACGAUCACAAGGCCCAGCCCCAGGAGUUUGCGUUUUAACUAGGUGCGUUUUCAUGCCGAUGACUGCAAGUAUACUAUGCACGAACGAAUGCACGGCACCCAUUUACCGGCAGUCAAAACAAAACUUAAGAACAUCCUAACGACGCCUUUACCCUUGAAAACUUUAUCAGAUAAUGUCACUGUAUAAACAUUGCAAAUGCUUUUGCUUGAUAAAAGUUAAAGCAUGACGAAAUCGAAGGCCAAAAAUUAUUCCAAACAUUUCAUGCAUAUUUGAAUAGUUAUAUAUAGAAAUGAAAACGACUAUUAUUGAUAAAAUCUGAUAACACUUCAGUCUAAUAUAUCCACUAAUAAAAAUUAAAUUAUAUAAAACUAAACACUUAACUAAACUAAACUUAACUUGCUCCGCAGUUUGUAGUUUUAGAAAAAAAAAUCAAAAGUUUUAGUGCAUUUCCAGCAUUAUAUAAAUUGAGGUAAAGAAUAAAGAUGCAUGUACAGAUGAGGUUAUCAAUACCGACUUAAAUAUGUGGGUAUAAAACAAUGAAAAUCCGGUCAAUUUUUGCGGAAAUUUUAUAUACACCAUGCAAAUAUAGUACUGGCGUAGUAUAGUAUCUAGCUAUAGUGGUCGCUGUUGCAUAAUUAAUGUAUUAAUUACUCUUAUACUUUUUUUAGAAUAUGCUACUUUAGAUUGCAAAAAGUAAUGAACGGAGGAACUGCAAGAUUUCUGGAAAAGCUCAAUAAAUCUUUUGGAUCAGGUGUCCUGACUUGCAAUUUGGAGCCACAAGAGUUCCGCAGUUUCUUGAAAUGGCUUAUGAAAAAUUAUUUCAGGUAGAUUUAUACAGCGUUUUUUUUUAGCGUGAGGGGGCCAAGGGCAGUACUUCCGACGACAAACUCCAAUGAGGAAAAAAAUUUCCAGACAACGUCGACAACUUUUUUUGGUAAAAAAACUUUUCCGGACAAUAACGUUACAAUUGCUUUCGUAGCACUUUUCCGGAUAUUAUCAUAUCAAUUUUUCCGAUUCUUCACCACGAACUGAUUCCGAUAACAUUGACAAUUUUCCGACGGGUCUCAACAAUAGGGUGGCCAUGCCCCCCCCCCCCUGGCCACGGCUCCACUGGAUUUAUACAACGGGUGAAACUGCAAAAAGAAAACAUUGCUACAAACUAUAGAAGGGGGGCACCUCUAUAGAUAAAAAGUAGUGCACCAUUUUAGGGGUCAAAAAAUUUUUCCGGAAAUACCAAAAUUUUUCGUGACGUAAAAAUAUUUUUCCUGACAUCAGUAAUUUUCUCCAUUUAUCCAGAAUUUUUUUCUAAACUGAUCCAAAAAUUUUCAAAAAUUUUUGUAAAUUAACCUCAUUCUUUUCCAAAUUCACACUUAUUUUUGUAAUUUAACUUUCUCUGGGCCUAUAAAUUACCCGAAAAAGCAUCACUGGAAAUGUGAUUUCUUGCCCCCCCCCUAGCAAAAGGCAAGAGGGGCAGCUGCUCCCCUGCCCCCCCCCAGUUCCGGUGUCCCUGGUCUUUAUUAUAAGGCGAACGAUAUAAUCCAGGCUAAAAUGUUAUGACGUAAUCAUCGGAAAGAUGUAUUCUUGUGUGUAUCACUUUACUGCAUCGUAUAGGGCUCUCUUUACAAGCGAAUAAACCUUUACUUUUUAAAGCAUGCAUUUGUAAUAGAAUUAUCACACAAAAGUGUAGUUAAGGAUAGGUUUUAUGCCAUACAAUCUACCAGUGUAUCAGAAGUUUGACACUGAGUUUCUUCAAUUUAUGUAGAGUGUUUGGACGACUCGUGCUGAUUCCAUUUAUAGAAGGAAAGAGAUGUCCCAAUGAAGUAGAUGCGCAGCAAAGGGCGGAGCAUGAUUGCGAAAAUAUGCUAGAUCGAGCUUCGAGCGCAAUUGGAACAAUGAUUGGUGUGUCUGAGGAUGUAGAGUACAUUUGCCAAACACGUGCCAAAUCCAUUCGCUCAGCAAUGGUACAAGAUGUUGCAGAUUUAGACGACAGAUGCAUGAAUUGUAUCCGGCGUUGCGCACUCUCACAAUUAAAUUCACCUCAUUCAUGCAAUUUAAUUAUUUGUCAGGUUAUUGAACUGGCAGAUGUAGGAUUGGAUGCUAAUUCAGCGUACUCUUUCUUCGUCGAUGUGAUAAUUCCGCACGGGGUAAACAAGUACCAGAUGGAGGAUGCGAAUGAAGCUUCCGUACCAAUUUCGGCACCAGAGUCUGGCGAACCGCUUGUUAUCGAUCUUAUUGUCAGGUGUAUAAGAGAGUACGGACUUACAAUACCAAAGAUAAUUGAGACUGUAAUUUUUACUUAUAUUAUAAGGAUAUUAUUAUCAGUGCCAGAUUAACCAAAUGGCAAAAGUGGCAUAUGCCACGGGCCCCACGCUUUUGGGAACCCCGCGCUUACUCUUUUCGAUUAAAAAAAAAACAUAGUUAUGAUUAACCUUCAACCAUAUGGUUAUGAUUAAACAUUUUGAAUUAGGUUGAAUGGUUACACCGAUGACAUUUAAGUUGAAUAGUUAUGCCGAAGAGAGUCAACGGCAUAACCAUCCAAUUCAAAUUGAGUGGUUAUGCUGAAGAAAGUCAACGGCAUAGCCAUCCAAGUUGAAUAGUUAUCAGUGGCCCCGUGGCUGCGGGGGUGGAUAUGGGGGCCAUGCCAAAUUUGUUAUGUUAUCGGAAUCUUCGCAUGGUCAAGCAUACCUGCAUAUAGAAGCUGGAGUUACUUCUCUUCGUUGUUUGACAAUGCGAAAUAUGUUUGAAUAAGAAAAUAUAUAGAUGAAAUAUCGGAAAUCGGACUCAGUUUACGUUUUCCCAAUAUAAUUUUACAGAAUAGUCAAUAUUUAAUUCAAUAUGAUUUCAUAUAUUAUUGGGGCGGGUAAAUAAAUUUUCGGAUCGUCGGGUUUCACCGAAAAAAUUGAUGAUUGUCCAAUACUGGCGAACGUAUACGCGGAUCGUGAAGAUGGUAAACAUUGAACACAAUUCGUACGGUUCGUACGAACUGUGAAAUGACUUUACGGACGUGAAAAAUACGGUUCGUGAAAAUGAUUUAUGUCUGAAAAAUUGUGUUUGACAGGAAAAUACUGCCCUUGCACACCCCCCCCCCUAAAACAUGGGACCCACGAAGCCCCUGAUAGUUAUGUCGAUCACAUUCAACGCCAUAAUUAUCCAAGUUGAAUGGUUAUGCUGAUAGUAUUCAAAGGCAUAACCAUCCAAGUUGAAUGUAAUUCUCGGGUUUCAUAUGACGUCAUAAAUUUGACGGGGGGGGUCAACUCUAAAUCGAGACGCAGUCAUUAGAGUCAAUUAAUUGUUCAUUGUAUGUCUUGUGUUUAAUGGCAAAUACAUGCAAUUUCGUAUCAUUUGCUCACUCCAAUACAGCAUAAGCAUCAAUACAUUUUAGGUUGACCCCCCGUCAGAUUCACUGCAAAAUGCCGUAGUGAAAUCCAAGAAUACCGGUAAUAAUCAAAGUAUACCCGGGCAACUUUUCAAAUCUCAAAAUACAAAAGGAUUGAAUGUUUCUGAAUUCAGGGUUUAAAAUGUCGUUGGGGGCCUGGGAGGGGGGUGUCAAGGGGCCCACGCUGAUAAUAUGCCGCGAGCCCCGUGAAACCAGCCCUGAUUAUAAAAGUUAAUCCGGCCCUGAUUAUAAAAGUUAAUCCGGCCCUGAUUAUUAUAACUGAAGGUUUCAGUGAUCAUAUUUUCAGUCAUAUAUUUUCUCAUAUUUUCGCAUGCAUUAUUCAUUUAGAUGUUGACCAGUAUAAAUCCUGACGUGAAUUUUUCAUCAGGCCCAUCAACAACGAUGAAGAUACGCGGUGUAGCCAUUGCCCUGAAAUGGUUGAUCGCAUUGGUUAAAGAAAGUGGCAAUACGACGCCACGAGAAGAUAAAAUGAGGCAAGAAAUUGCUGCACUCGGAGUUGGAGUUAUCAGUAACAAGAAACAGUAUUUCAACAAGAAAGCGAAUGGUCAAAUCAUCUGCAGAGGCGCCGACGGUGUAGAAGUGGUGUCGAGAAAGUGUGUACUUGUCCAACAUUCCGCUUUUGGGCAGGAGAGCUGGGCCACGUUUUCGCAAGGUACAGCCACCAAUACUAGAUUCCCCUUAUUACGUUUUCGUAGCGCUUUGCAGUUUGUAUUGUGGUUAUAGUGGUAUCACUGAUAAAGAUAGUGGUAUCACUGAUAAAGAUAGCGGCCUCGAAUGAAAAUAUUGAAUGUUUUCGUAAAUAUUAUUCUGUUAGCUAUCGCGCACCUGAUCCUACAGCUUUUUUUAAAAAGUUCUUGCACGAGUCAGGACAAAAAUAAGCGGCAUCUUGAAUAUUAGUGAUACCACUAUAACCACAGCGUAAGCGCUACGAAAACGUAAUAAGAGGAAUCCUCAAUUGUUAUCCUUGGCAUGCAUAUUUAUUAUUGUUCACUUUAGAUGUAUAUGUUGUCAGGAUGUAUAGCAUUAAUAAUGUACUCGUAUUCGACUUUUCCGCAUUGCUCGGGGACAAGUAGACAACCUUUAGUGUCUAUUGAUGGCGGAUCAAGUUUUCGAUUCGGUCUAUAUUAACCGUUUCCACCGCAUGAUCAUUAAUCAUAAACUACUAAAAUAAAUAAACUCGCACAAUUAUAUAUUACAGCAUUUGAUAUCAAGUCUAAAGAUGGAAACCGUGAUGAGAGUGUUCUUGCACCGCCAACGUCAACGAUCUUGGAAUCAACUGCUGCGCCGGUCAUUGCCUCGGAGCAACCUGCAGCUGUAAAUGCAAGUGCUUUGACUGCCUCGGAGCAAUCCACAAUUGUCCCAGCUUUAAAUGUAAGAGCUUCGACUGCUACGGAACAAUCCACAGUUGUCCCAACUGUAAAUGCAAGUACUUCGACUGCCUCGGAGCAACCCAUGCCAGUUAUCCCAGCUCCAAAUGCAAGUGCUUCGAUUGCCACGGAACAAUCCGCAGUU